AUGGUGAAGAGACUGAAAGGCAAGGAAUGUAAAGAAGGUGUGAUCCAGGUAGUAUUGCAACAAGAGGAACAGGUCGACCAGUGGAUCCGCGCUGCACGAACCAAAACAAUUGCUAUGGAAGAUAUAACUCCAAAUGCCCCUAAUCCUGAAGUAGCCAAGAGAAGAGUGUUACUUCGGCGUGCACUAACCAAAGCAAAUAAAACACUUCUGUAG